AGGAACUAUUCGCUAGAAAGGCCAGAAGCAAGCAAGUCGUACGAAACCUUCGCGCGUACCACCGCCACCACCACCGGCAGCAGCAGCAGCAGCAGAAGCAGUAGAAGAAAGAAGCAGCGAGUAGCAGGAGAAGCAGAGUAACGAGAAGAGACAGAAGAACGACGAACGAGCAUCUCAUCGUCGCCAUGCGCCAUCUCACCAUAGCAACCAUCUUCGCCUCGAUCCUGUUCGUGCAGGCGACACUGAGCAUUCCCAGCCAGUGCAUCAGCGACGACUUCGACGACCUUCCCGAAUACGCGAAAUCCGUGUGCCUGUCAUUGCAACACCUCUACAAAACAUUCGACGAGCUAGCGAUGGAACGACUUCUAUCCGGAGGUCCAGCGGCCGAAAAGCGAGAUUUGCCUUUCCUGCGCUUCGGAAAGAGCGGUGAGUCCGACCGGGAAAACAGGACAGAACGAGAUGCCGUAACCAUGCAUGCACUGUGGGGGGAGCUUACGGGCGGUAAAGGAUAACUUACGGGUGGCGAG